AUGGGAGUUGUGAGCUGGAGCUUUAGCUGCAGCCGGCGCCAGUUCCCAGGCAUCUACACCAGUACCUCCUACUUCACCCACUGGAUCAGGACUCAGAUCGCUGACAUGAGGUUCCUCAGUAGGGCUGGCCCUGCCUUCCUGAGCCCCAUCUUCCUCACUGGCUACAUCCUGCUGGUCUCCUUGGGCUCCCUGUGGCUCCUAGGCCACUGCGUGGGGCCAAGCGGGGGCGCCAUCCGGGGCGCGCACCAGGGCGCGGUGGAGAGGCGCAAUCGCGGCCACCGCGGGAUGGAGCCCAGGUGCGGGACACGGGCCCGCGGGCAGCGCCCACGGACGUCUGCCGCCAUCCACACCCGCGCCCUUUUGUUGCUGCUGCUGCUGCUGUUGCUGCGGCCCGCUGGUUGCUUAGGCUCAGAGCAAGCUCCAGGGGCUCUGUCCGCAGCCGCCCCGGCCGACCCCGGGGUCCUCUGCUCUCCCAAGGCCAGCUGUCCCUCAGACCUGCCUCGCCUUGCUCAGGAGUCCCCGACCACGACCACCGUCCCGACGCAGUCCUCUGUUUCUGAACCCGUCUUACACCCCUCCUGUGGCUUCUCCUACGAGUCAGACCCCACCCUCAGGUACCCAGAGGCUAUGGCUCGGCGGUGGCCAUGGAUGGUCAGUGUGCGGGCCAAUGGCACACAUAUCUGCGCAGGCACCAUCAUUGCCUCCCAGUGGGUGCUGACUGUGGCCCACUGCCUGAUCCAGCAUGAUGUUUUCUAUUCAGUGAGGGUGGGGAGUCCAUGGAUUGACCAGGUGACGCAGACUACCUCCGACGUCCCAGUGCUCCAGGUCAUUGUGAACAGCAGGUACCGGGCGCGGCGGUACUGGUCCUGGGUUGGCCGGGACAACAACAUCGGCCUCCUCAAGCUCGAGCAGAUGCUCCAGUACAACAAUUAUGUCUGGCCCAUCUGCCUGCCUGGCUUGGACUAUGUGCUAAAGGACGAUUCCCUCUGCACUGUGACGGGCUGGGGACUUCCCAAGGCUGAUGGCGUGUGGCCCCAGUUCCGGACCAUUCAGGAGAAGGAGGUCACCAUCCUGAACAGCAAGGAGUGUGACGACUUCUACCACAGGUUCUCCAAAAUCCCUUCCCUGGUUCAGAUCAUCACCUCCAAGAUGAUUUGUGCAAAGGACGUCAGCAGGGAAGAGUUCUGCUAUGAGGUAUCUGGGGAGCCUUUGGUCUGCUCCAUGGAGGGCACGUGGUACCUGGUGGGAAUGGUCAGCUGGGGCGCAGGCUGCAAGAAGAGCCAGGCCCCGCCCAUCUACCUGUACAUCUCCUCCUAUCAACACUGGAUCUGGGACCGUCUCAACGGGCAGCCCCUGGCCAUGCUGGCCCCAUCCAGGGCCCUGCUCCUGGCGCUACCACUGCCCCUCAGCCUCCUUGCUGCUCUCUGA